AGCACCGGCGGCAGCACCGGCGGCGGUAUCAGUGGUGGCCUGUCCCUCGACCAUAUCAAGGGCCUUCUUGGCAGCAAGGGUGGUCACUCAUCUGGCGGACUCGGCCAGCUCAAGGGUGUUCUUGGAGGCUUCGGAGGUGCUGGGGGUUCUGGAGGUGCCGGUGCUGGAGCCGGAGCCGGAGCCGAAGCUGGAGCUGGAGGCAUGCUUUCAAGUUUCAUUGGUGGAGGAAAGGGUGGCCUAGGUGGACUAGGUGGUGGCAGUGGAAAGGGUGGCCUAGGGGGUCUAGUUGGUGGUAAUGGAAAGGGUGGCCUUGGGGGCCUCCUUGGUGGCUUCGCGGGAGGUAGCGGAGAUGCUGGCGGUUCUGUUGGUGGAGGUGCUGGUGGCUCUGUUGGCGGUGGCGUUGGUGGCGAUGCCGGCGGGAGUCUUGAUGGAGGUGCUGGCGGCUCUGUUGGCGGAGGUGCUGGCGGGAAUGUUGGUGGAGGCGCUGGCGGCUCUGUCGGCGGAGGUGCUGGCGGGAAUGUCGGUGGAGGCGCUGGCGGCUCUGUUGGCGGAGGUGUUGGCGGAAAUGUUGAUGGAGAUGUUGGCGGCUCUGUUGGUGGAGGUGUUGACGGAAAUGUUGGCGGAGGUGCUGGCGGUUCCGUCGGCGGAGAUGCUGGCGGAAAUGUUGGUGGAGGUGCUGGCGGUUCUAUCGGCGGAGGAGCUGGAGGGAGCGUUGGUGGAGGCGCUGGCGGAUCUGUUGGCGGAGGUGUUGGUGCGGGAGGCGAAGGUGAUGGGGAGGGCUCAGGAGCUGGAGAAGGUGAGGGUCAGGGUCAAGGACAAACUGGUGGCAAUGAUAAUGAGAACUACACUGCUUAAGGGCACCUAUGGGUAAAGUGUCGAUUCAUCUGAUGUGUUAAUUCCAAAUGUUGCAAAUGGAUGAAUAUGCUUGGAGAUGGUUAUGGUUUGACGUUUGCAAGGUUGUUUAGAUUAGAUUAAUAUGUUGGAUUCUUUUCACUUCUAAAUUAAGGGAUUUCGUUUUACCACAUUGUGGAUACGAGAGUAUACGAAAGAGAUGUAUGUGCAAAUUCUGUUUUCCAAUCCAAC